CCCAGCGCUUGCAUGGUGCAUCUGCAAAGCGAUGGGCUGCUCCAGGUGUGAGCACAAAGGGAUUGCAUUAACUUGCUCCGGUCAAGGUACAGGUUGGGAUGCCUGCAGGUGAAACUGCGCCCGUUCAACGCCAGGGGGCGUCCCGUGCUCUUGGGAUCCCUCCACUCCCUGCCUUUGCCCCCUGAUAGCAAAGAGAUCUUUGUAUUUGUAGCCUACCAAGGAAACAAUCUUGCACUGACAGUGUGUGUGUGUGUGUGUGUGUGUGUGUUUGGGGGGGGAGGGGAAGACGCAGAGGCACAAACAAAUUAGGACUUUGGAGGAGCGGAGGAGAACGAUCUUGGAGCUUGAGCUGUUGCAAAAGAAAACGAAGGAGGAAAGUAGAUGGACAACUACAUUGUGUUUGCCAAUCGGUGCGUCGGCUUUAAACUGACUAGAGAGCAGAGGAUGCAGCUGCCUUGUACGGAUUUGUGCCCCAAAGGACUGUUUUUUAAUUGCACCUUGGUUCCUCAGAAGACGAUGAGGUCAUUCAAGAAGGUCUCCUCAGGCCCAGCAGGGGCGAGUAAAGGUGGAGACGAGCCCGGGAAGUUGCCGGAGCAGGAAGAGGAGGAAUCCCAGGUUUUGCACGGAACAGGCCAUUGCAAGUGGUUCAAUGUGCGAAUGGGAUUCGGGUUCAUCUCCAUGAUCAACCGGGAAGGAAACCCUUUGGAGUCUCCAGUUGAUGUUUUUGUACACCAAAGCAAGCUUUACAUGGAAGGAUUUAGAAGCCUAAAGGAAGGCGAACCAGUGGAAUUUACUUUUAAGAAAUCUUCCAAAGGCCUUGAAUCAAUACGGGUAACAGGCCCUGGUGGGAGCCCCUGUUUAGGAAGUGAGAGACGACCCAAAGGGAAGACAGUACAGAAAAGAAAACCAAAGGGAGAUAGAUGCUACAACUGUGGUGGCCUUGAUCAUCAUGCUAAGGAAUGUAGUUUACCUCCACAGCCAAAGAAGUGCCAUUACUGUCAGAGCAUCAUGCACAUGGUGGCUAACUGCCCUCAUAAAACUGUUUCACAACAGCCCACUAGUUCUCAGGGAAGAUAUGAAGCAGAACCACAGCCUUCCACUUCUGCUUUCCUGAGAGAAGGGGGAGGGGCUUACUGCCAUUCAUCUCCAUCAUAUUCUCAGGAGGGAAGGUCAGAGAUCUUAGAACGUUCAGGCAGGUCACCACAAGAAGCUUCCUCCAGUAAGUUAUCUGCAUCACCUGAAGAACAAAGCAGAAAGGGGCCUUCUGUUCAAAAAAGGAAAAAAACUUAGAGCUUUGUCAUAACCGUUCAUUUUCUUUACCCUCUUGGAAUGUCUACCUCAUGCAAGAACAGGGGAAGUAAUUUCACUAUCAGUAGCUUACCUGAAAUUUUAACUACUGUUGAGGAACUGUGAAUU